AUGGCCUACUCCAAUCCCAUGGGUGAGAAAGGCAAGAUGGAUCAUCAUGAGACGCAGAGCCAGCUUCUCGAUGUGGCUCGUCAAGGUAGCCUCACACCUAGCAACCUGCCCCAGGUGGUAGUCGAAGACAGCGAGUACGACAAGGAGCCUGGCGGUGCUCGCCUUGACGGUGUCCCCUACUGCACCAGCUCAGACAAUGAUCAGGGCCAAGGCAAGGGAAAGGGGAAGGCUGCCUCCAACCUCAAUCCUUCAUCUUUGUCUUGGGCCCCCAAAACCUCCAUCGCUCAUCACAACUUCAACGAGGUUCAUCAGCCUGAAGUUGCCGAGCUCGACGGUACUCCGAAAUUUGACAUCAAGGGCUACAGCCAUCUGGCCGGCAACGCGAUUUCUCAGGCUAGCUUCCAUUGUCAAAACGCCCAGUACCUUCAAACUCAACUUGUCGAUUCUGCCAAGAGUUGCGGUACGACUCUAAACCGUGCAAAUAUUCCCAAGCACAUUCACUUCGCCAACGGUUCACACAGCAUUGAGUCUCACAUUGGUGUCCCAACCAAGAACGGAAGCUACGCGGCUCAGUCUACAAUGAGCAACUCUCUGAACGCUUCUGCUGGCUACCAGCAGACCCAGUCCAUUCCCAUGAUGGCGACUUAUGGUCAGCUCAGUGGCAGUUCCUCCAUGGGUAAUAUCGGCUACCCGACCCCUGUUCGCCAGAACAACGGUGGCUUGCAAGGAGGAAACGGAUCCGCCAACCAUUCUGACAUCGUCAGUCCUGGCAGCGACACUUUCCAAGGAGUCAGUGCCGGCGGUUUGAUGACGGAGCCUCGCAACUUCGCGCCACGUACUACGAUCGACCUUGCUCGGCUCGGAGCUCCUCCCAAGUUCAACUUGGAGGGCCAGAGUAGCGGUACCAUCACGGCUUCGGCUGACAGCCAAGACCCGUUCAGCGUUCCCACCUCCCAGGGAGGCCCCGUUCAGCAGCCCAUUUUCGGUUCUCAGGUAGACACCACCCACCUGCUCGCGACCGGACAGAUUGCGUUUCCCAGCGCCACGGGCGAGACCCUGAACUACGACAAACUCCCUCGCGAUGACAGUUCGGAGUCUACCCCGAGCGGCUCUCAGCCUCUUCAAGUUCCGCAGCUCUACCUCGGCAAUGGAGGCCAAAUCAUGGCUGUUCAGGGCCCAGCUUCUCAGGGCAUGCUUGCUCAUCCCGUCAUUGACGGCAACGCACUCGCCAACAUGCAAGUGGGAACCUACCAGCCUCUCGCCUCAGAAAACGCGGCGCUUGUCCCCUACCAGGUUGGCUAUCUGCCCCAGAACGCCGCGUCUCGCGGUGCACCUGUCCCCGACUACAUCCGCGCUCAACGUUCGGCAGAGUUGAACAGACUUACGGCCGGCCCCACAGGUCUUCCUACCGCCCAGGUUGCCAUGCAUGAGGCCAACUUCCCCUUCGUCGAGCCUGCUACCCGCCCCGGUCACUUUGUGGUUCGAGGUGUCAUCAAGAUCGGAAACAUUCCUUUCGUGACCAAUCGGGCUGAGAUCAUCGCCGUUCUCGGCCGCAACUCUCGCAUCCUCAACGACACGGAGGAGCCCAUCCACAUCAUCAUGGAACGUAUCACCGGCAAGACGACGGAUGCCUAUGUCGAGUUCCAAACUCUGGAGGAUGCUUCCAAAGCCGUCGAGAAAUAUCAGCAGAACGUUGGUCGGGGCCGUGCCACCCGCAUCGGCCAGCGCCCCAUUGACAUUGAGCUCUCGAGCCAGGCUGCUCUCAUGAAGGACCUAUUCCCGUCUGCCAAGGGCGUCUUCUGGGCCGGUGUCAACCCUCAGAUCCUCCCUAACAACGACCAGGAGCCUUGGGACAAUUUCAAGGGUUUCGUCUCUGCCGAGGAAAUGACAAUGCUUGUAAAGCAUGUUGAGGUCCCGCAUCGUUCACCUUUCUCCAAGGAGUGCCCUCAGCGCCCCUUCGAGUGUCUCGUCAGCACCCUCAGUAAGUUCCCCUGGCAUAUGAAGGGGAACGUCACUAUCCAGCAGCGUCACGCAAUCCACAAGGCGACCUGCGAUCUCAUCCGUAUCUUGGCGAACAGCAUUCAGGAGAGACGCGACGAGAUCAACCUCACUCAUCGUCUGCUGAAGCGAGUUGUUAAUGCGGCGAUGCGCUGUGAGGGUUUCUCGACUCUCCAGAAGGACGACAUUGCUUUCCUGGUCAACAUGAGUGAGAUGGAGCAACGGGCCUUUGGACAGCCGCGCUUCGCCGAGGCCUGGCGUCACCUCUACGUGUUGAUCCCCAAGGCGGGCGUUCCCUUGGACGUGGUCGAGUGGUACAUUUCCAUCAUCCGCGAGGAGACCAACCGUUUCCUGGAGAUGCAGAUGUUCCACGACAAGGUCCAAACCCGCACCGUCGGCAAUCAGACGGACGGCUACUUUGGCUUCUUCUGGCGCGAGCUGAACCAUCCCGCUGGCCCCGAGUUCGAUGGAAUGACUCUUUCGCAGCUUUCCAUGCGCGAGUAUCAGACGAUGGAGUCUAUCUUUCGUCGCGCGCUGACUCCUACUGCACAGUAG